CAACAUGUCAUAUAUAAUUGUUUAACCAUUUCCCUCAUCACACACUUCACAAUCUUGCUUCGUACUAACCUCACUCUAAAUUUUCUCCCUCUUUCUCACUUCACCUUCAAAUCCAUUACCUUAUUGUUCUUUCAAGCUUCACCAAUCAAUCACUUUCACAAGAAAAUGACGAAACUUUCCAUUUUAGGUUUUGAAAUGAAGUAGAAAUUAAGGGUUAUGAUAGCUUUUGUUUGAGGUGAAAAACAUUGGAACUUGUAACAAAAAGGGGGUAAAUUUCAGCUAGUGAGUGAAGUUUGAUUUUGUGUGAGGUUGAUUAUUAAGGCUUUUGUAAAAUGGAACAAGGGUUUGGUCAAAACUCAGUUCCUCCUCCAGGUUCCAUUGACAAGUCAAAGAUUUUGGAUAUUAAGCCUAUAAGAUAUUUGAUACCUGUUUUUUCUAUGACUGGUCAAGAUCCACCUUCAGCUCAAUAUCCUUCUGGAUUUUCUCCAUUUUUCCCAUUUGGUGGACCUCAGGAGACUACUACAACUAGGGUGACAAGAAGAGGUCGAACCAUGCCGGCUCCGAUUCGAUCGUUUAAAGCAGGAGACACUAGUUCAACAAUGGAGGAUCUCAAUGACAAUGAUGAUGUUUAUGGUAGCAAAAGAAGUGGUUCGUCGCAACGGUUUAAGAAGAAGAGCAAGUUAUAUAAAGCAUUGCCUAUUGAUUUGAGUGCUUUAGUUGGUCUAACUGCAGCCCAAAGAGAUGAUGGUAGCCGGGAAGUUGUUAAUGUUGUACUCAUGACAUUUGAUGCACUGAGAAGAAGGUUAUGCCAACUCGUGGAUGCUAAGGAAUUGAACACGGGUUUGAUCAAGCGUGCAGAUUUAAAGGCUGGAAAUAUUUUGAUGACCAAAGGAAUUCGAACGAACGUGACGAAGAGAAUAGGAUCGGUACCUGGAGUUGAAAUUGGGGACAUUUUCUUUUUCCGAAUGGAACUGUGUAUUGUCGGUUUACACGCUCAAUCCAUGGGGGGGAUAGAUGCCUUGCAUAUCCAUGGUGACCGUGACGAAGAAACUUUGGCUGUAAGCAUUGUUUCGUCGGGAGAAUAUGAUGACGACGAUGAGGUCGGUGAUGUUUUAAUUUAUACUGGUCAAGGUGGGAAUUUCAACAAGAAAGAUAAGCAUGCGUCGGACCAGAAGCUUCAUAGGGGUAAUCUUGCUUUGGAUAGAAGUUCGCGAGUACACAAUGAAGUAAGAGUCAUCCGGGGCAUCAAAGACAUCGUGAAUCCAAAUGCAAAAAUCUAUGUCUAUGAUGGUCUGUAUAAAAUCCAAGAUGCAUGGGUAGAAAAAGCAAAAGGCAGCGGGGGCGGCUUGUUUAAGUAUAAGUUGAUAAGAAUGCCUGGACAGCCUAGUGCCUUUGCAGUUUGGAAAUCGAUUCAGAAGUGGAAAACUGGAUUACCUGCAAGGACUGGACUUAUUCUCGCAGACCUUUCGUCAGGAGCCGAGAGUAUUCCUGUGUCGCUUGUCAAUGAAGUCGAUAAUGUGAAGGCACCUGCUUUUUUCACGUAUUUCCACUCUCUUAGACAUCCGAAAUCGUUCAGUUUAAUGCAGCCUUCACAUGGUUGCAACUGUAGUACUAAAAAUGCAUGUGUCCCUGGUGAUUUGAACUGCUCUUGCAUCCGGAGAAACGAAGGCGAUUAUCCGUAUACUAGCAAUGGCGUUUUAGUGAAUCGGAAGCCAUUGGUUCAUGAAUGUGGCCCGACAUGUCAGUGUUUUCCUAACUGCAGAAACCGAGUAUCCCAAACCGGUUUAAAGCACCAAAUGGAAGUGUUCAAAACUAACGAUAGAGGUUGGGGUCUUCGAUCAUGGGACCCUAUUCGAUCUGGUGCUUUUAUUUGCGAGUAUGCUGGAGAAGUUAUCGAUAAAGCCAGGUUAAGUCAGCUUGUAAAGGAAGGAGAUACCGAUGAGUAUGUUUUCGAUACAACCCGUGUUUAUGAAUCUUUCAAGUGGAAUUAUCAGCCUAAGUUACUUGAAGAAGUGAGCACAAAUGAAUCUAGCGAGGAUUAUGCUUUACCACAUCCUCUUAUUAUAAAUGCCAAGAAUGUCGGAAAUGUGGCUCGAUUCAUGAAUCAUAGUUGCUUCCCAAAUGUUUUCUGGCAACCUGUAUUAUAUGAAGAGAACAACCAGUCCUUUCUCCAUGUUGCGUUUUUUGCGUUGAGACAUAUUCCCCCAAUGCAAGAGUUAACUUAUGAUUACGGAUCUGAACGAUCCGAUCACACUGAGGGUAGCAGUGCACACAAAGGUAGAAAGAAAUGCAUGUGUGGAUCAUCACAAUGUCGCGGUUCUUUUACUUGAAAUUUUGUCACGGUUUCAACAUGAUGCUGGCAAAUGCAUUCAUGGCUAAAAAGAUGGAUGAUAGCAUUGUGUGUGAAGAUCCAAAUCAAGUUUAUAAGUUUCGUUAGUUGAUGUAAUGUAAGCUUUCAAAUAUCCUUGUCAAGGGUAGGUAGGUGUGUUUGACUAUAAAUAAAUCAUGUGUCAUAUGGCCCAUUUUUUAUUAGCUCCAACUUUAUCAUAUAUAAAUUAAUCAGUGAAACUGUAUAAUUUGUGUAAAUUUUGAGCUGAUAAUGGCCAUGAUACCCUCACUAGAAAGUAGUAGUCAUAUGAUAGCUAAAUACAUGUUUGUCUCUGACUUGGACAUCUUGACAUGGAUUUGUUGUUUACUAGUAAUUAUUGUUGUGCAUGAAAGGCUAACAUCAUUUUUAUUAUUA